AUGGGCUUGCCAUUCUUGCUACUCAGUGAAGACCCCUUGGUUGAAGAAGUCCAAAGUAGGUGGGAUUUCCUGUCAGUGUUCGGCGUGGUGACGGAGCCAACCCCAGAAUUCUUUGUGGGUAUCUAUGACCAAAUUGUAGGAAAGAUCUCACUGGACGAUGCAGCAUCAGAGUUUCAAGCUCUUUACAGUAUGCUUUCAAAGAAGCCUUCGCAUGACAGAUUGGCCUUCUUCAAUGCAAGAAAAGAGAUUUACGUUCCCUCCGGAAAAACAGGGCAUGCGAAGCUUGUGCCCCUUCAGCACUGUCUCUGGAAUGGCCCUUGUUGGUUACAAGCUUCGUACGUACUGUCAUAUGUGAAGGGAUACUGCGAGAACCCACAAAUACAGACUAUGCUCAGGGUAAUACUCAAUCCCACUGAGGCUGGCUUAGAGACGUAUAUAAAGGAGUUGCGAUAUCAGCAGGGUAUUGGGAUGGCCAGCUUUCCCCAUAUAGAAAGGAUUUAUGCGCACCUCAGUGAAGAUAGCAUGGAUGAAGCGGAUCUAACCACUAUGCGGGAUUUGUUUAAGAGGCACAAGCUUGUCUACCACCCAGACAGUCUGAAGUGGUAUAGCCCCCCAGAAUGUGCUUGGGCAUUAUCUUCGGACGAUUCCAGAAUCUCCAUCGGACAAUACUACCCUCAGUUCCGUGAGCUGUUCAUGGCCAGACUUCUGAUUGGAGAUUCAAUGACCCGAUUAUACAUCUCGAAAUUGAGCGAAAUAGUGGGUAGGAGAGCUUCCAGCCUUGAUGAGCUUCUAUCGGUCAUGCAAAAAUUCGAUGAUCUUCCACUGUCGCUAUCUGACAUUGGUUUACUGAAUCGCAUCAAGUUUCUACCAAUUGUUGGUGUAAGCCAGGUUCAGUAUUAUUCCUCGCCAAGGGAUGAAUUCUUUAUUGUUGACCGUGAUGGCUGGCCCUCCAAUUUUAGAGGCAUUGUUCCAACCCUUCGGUUUAGAGUCGAUCAGGUUCAACGAAUCCGGUCAUUUCUAAUUCGUGUUGGGCUGGAAAACCGAUUUAUAACCGUUGCAGGAUUGAAACAGACUUUUGUCUCGCAAGAACGCAUAAAAGGGUUACCACAGCUGACUUGCGAUUUCCAAGACCGAGCCGCCGCGCUAUGCAGAUGUGCUACGUUCUAUGCCAGCGAGAACGCCAUGCAGCAACAAGAAUUAUACGACCUUUUCCGAGCAUCAUUGAUUUAUGAGAGCCGCGAUAUCAUAGCCAGAUGCACCAUCCCGACAGCUGAUGGGGCCACGAAGUCAAUCGAUACUCCUGACAUGCUCCAUGUACAAUACGAAAGCGGAGAGCUGCAGCUCGUUGUUCCAAAUGACAUAACCCAAAGACAGAUUUGCUUCGCAACGCAAUUGCCUGAGGCCUUGGCUAGUUUAUUCUCUGCAAAUAGCCCAGAAGCACGAGGAACGUUCGCAACGAUUCUUCGGGAGCCAAUUGACAACUUAGACAGUAUCUUGGAUAGCUAUGGUAUUCCAGAGCUUUCGGAAGUAUUCGUGGAUGCUGAAGAGUCUGUCGAGUCUGAAACCAGCAUGGAGGAGGUGGAUGAGACGCUUUCCAUCUCAGAUAGUAGUCUCACCGAGGAGCUCAUCGAUCUGGUAGAUCAUAUGGACUUAGACACGGAUCCUGAGGAUUCUGUCGAGCCUGAGGUGUAG